GAAUCUCACAAGGAGAGAGAGAGAGAGAGAGAGAGAGAGAGAAUGGCUUCGAGCGAUGAGUCUGCAGGAGUAAUGCCUGGUGGAGAUGCACCACUUCCAGGAAAGCCAAUGACAAUGGGGUCACAGCUGGUGGACAAAGGAGCCCAGAUGCUCCAGUCCAUGAAACCUAUUAAGCGGAUGCAGCAGCACGUGUGCACCUUCGCCAUCUACAGCCACGACAUGAAUCGCCAGAUCCAGACUCACCACUACAUCACACGUGUCAACCAGGAUUUCCUCCAGUGCGCUGUCUACGACUCCGACGAUUCCUCCGCUCGACUUAUCGGUAUGGAGUACAUCGUGUCGGAUCGUAUCUUUGAAGCCCUGCCAGCUGAAGAACAGAAGCUGUGGCAUUCCCAUGCUUAUGAGAUCAAAGCCGGUCUGUGGGUGAAUCCUGGGGUGCCAGAGAUGAUACAGAAACCAGAGCUACAAAAUCUGGCCAAAUCCUACGGCAAGUUUUGGUGCACGUGGCAGGUUGACAGAGGUGACCGGCUUCCUCUUGGUGCAGCAGCCCUAAUGAUGUCCCCGCAAGGGGUGAAUUUAGGAAUGGUGAAGCCAGAGCUUCUUAAGAGCAGGGACGAUAAGUACAAGAUAUCAAGCGAUGAGCUGAAGAAAUCAAGAGUUGAGAUUGAGGAGCCUGAAUGGAUAAACCCAAACGCGGACCACUGGAAGCAGACUGGGAAGGGUUUCGCCAUCGACAUCAUUCCAACGGUCAUGAAAACAAGGGCACACUUUCCUUGAGCUAAGGAAAACUAGGUACGUCUUGUAGUUCUUGGAAUGUGUUUGUGCAUAUGGUACCUUGCUUUUGAUGAUGGUUAUUACUAGUACGUUUGUAUGUGUAUGUAUGGCUUAUUAUCACCGGGACCAAUUACGUGGAAAUAGGGUAGUAGGUUGUAUGAAUGGGCCUUUUUUUGGCACA